CUCCUGCUGCGCUCCCGCUCCGAGCGUCCCGCCGGGCCCGGCCGGCUCCGGCAGCUGCGGCGGGCGGGGCGGCGCGGGGGGAGAGGAACCGUGUCUCCCCCCGAGCAGGCCCGGCGGUGGCAGGUGAGGUGAGACCCGCCUUCGUUCGGCGGGUUCCGGGCCCUCUGGAGCGCCGCUGUUGUGGGGACCCUGCGGCGGCGGCGCCGAGGGCGGCGGGGCAGGGGGCCGUGCUCGAAGCGCCCCGGGCCCGUCCCCGCCGGCGAGGUGCGCAUCCCGGGAGGAAGCGGGGCCGGGGCAGUGGUGGCGGGGUCCGCGGCCAGCCCGGGGUGUGAGGCCGCCCCGAGGCGCGGCGGGGACGAGGCAGCCGCUCGCCGUCCUUUGUUCGCGGGCGCUCCGCUCGGCUGCCGGGGUCCGGCCCCUGCUCCACUGCGGCGAUGGACGCCGCUGGCGGGAGCCCGGCUGAGCUGCCGCCUCCAACUGCCUUUCCUAAGCCCGGAGCAGUCCCUGUUCUUACACCUUUCUGGAGUUCUGCUCUAGCUCUGACACUGCGGAGGGCUCCGCUCUUCUCAGGAGGCAUUGGGCGUCUGGUUGUCGUGUCGCUUGUGGAAACAAAAAUAACAAAGGUGAAAAAUCCUAAAGAUGAACAGCAAUGCACUACACGUGUCUUCAAAGCUGCCUUGGCUAGAAGUGGAAUGUAGUUUCCUGACAGAUCUUCUUACAAGGAAGUUGUAAAUCCGUUCUAAUGGCCAACAAGAAAGAGCCUCCUUUUUUUAAUAAAGAUAAUAUGGGACCAUUUCACUACAAACUUCCUUUCUAUGAAACUAUGGAGCUCUUCAUUGAAACGCUUACAGGAACCUGCUUUGAACUGCGAGUUUCCCCCUUUGAAACAGUUAUUUCUGUGAAAGCUAAAAUUCAAAGACUGGAAGGUAUUCCUGUCUCUCAGCAGCACUUAAUUUGGAAUAAUAUGGAACUGAAGGAUGACUAUUGUUUGGAUGAUUAUAACAUUUCAGAAGGCUGCACUCUGAAGUUGGUUCUGGCUAUGCGAGGUGGACCUGUUAACACCAGAAGAGUUCCUGUGAAGGAUCCUAUCAGGGAAAUGGCUGAAUACAUGGAUCCUGCUAGAGACAAGAUCUGGGAGAAGGGGCCAUCCAACAAACAAGUCACCUUCUUAGUGUAUCGCGAGGGAGAUCGCUUGAAUUUCUUCCGUGUGGUUGACCGGGGUGAUGGCACUUUAACACCGCUGUCUGAAUCUUUGAGCGGUGGUUCAGUUUAUAAUUUAUAUGCUGAUGAUGAAGAUGAGACAGAGGCAUCACCUUCUGGCCAACAGAUUAUUGAGAAUUCAAUUACUAUGAACAAAAUGAAACUGCUCAAGGCAAAGAUGGAGAACAUGAAUCUGAGUAAAAAGCCUAAGAAAACUGUCAAGGUGAAGCCUCGCCCUCCCAUGACUCCUCGACCAUCGAGUGGCUCGGUGGCUGCUGCCCGUCACCGCUUUCUCAGAGUGCUGCCCCACAUCGGACAGUCGUGCCUACCUCCUCCUGGCAAUUUGCAUCAGUCAGAAUCUCCCCAAAACGCACUUUCAGCACUGGCUACUUUGGCCACUGCUGGUAGAACAAUGCCAGCCACAGCUAAUCACUUCCUUAAGGCAGAUGACACUUGGCAGAGCAGCUCUUGGUCUCAGCCAGUCAAUAGCAUCAGGUUACCACCGAAAAUAUCUCGUGUUGAACUAGAAAAUUCAAAGCUACCUACAAAUAGUAUUCUGACUCCUGUUUCAUCUCUGUCUGCAAAUUCAGAAAAAGCACCUGAAAAUGCAACCUCAUCGAGUGAGGAGGAUGCUGUUUUGUUUCCAAAUCUAACAAAUGUGGAACUAUAUGGAAGAGAAGAAGAACAUCUUCCUGAACCAGAUGCUUAUGCUUUUUUAACAGAAGGAAACACUGCUGAGCAGUGUAGUGAGAUAUAUGACAUAGGAAAGGUGAACCCAGAGCUUGAACUGCCUGACAGAGACAAAGAUUCUAAGGUUGUAGAGCAGCAUAGAAAACCUAUUGGCAAAGUGCUGAGCACUGCAGCAAUGGAGACUGGUCUUCUCAGUACUCGCGAAUUAAGUCCUCAGAAGAAUCUGCUUUUGUCUCCCCUCCGCUAUUCAGCACAAGUGGCACAUCACAGUACCCUGAAACCACAAGCACAGCCCAGGUGCUUUGAGGCUGGUAACUUGAGAUCUGCAGCCUCCCCAAAUGUGCUUCGGUCGUUGGAAGUACGUACUAUAGCAGACUCCUCCUUUCCUAGGACCACUAGAUUUUGUAGUGUGAAAGUAGAGUCACUUGGCAAAAGACCUGAUGUAAUUUCUAAAGCAGAGGCUAGGGACAUCACGGAUGUGGCUAGCAAGGCAUCCAAAGAACCUGCAAGUUCUGUAAGUAACUUAGGAUUUCUGGCUUCGCUGGCCCGAAGCACAAACAGGGAAAGUUUACAGAGUUCCUGUGGGACUGACAGGUUUCGGACUUCUGGUAUUGCACUACCCACAAGCCUGCAGCAUUUUCAGGAAGAAAGCUUUAGGAAAACUGCUCCUCCAAAUGAAGCUGCUGAAUAUAUUCUAUCUGCGCAUGGGCUUGGAAUGAAUGGAAGUAUGGCAGCUGUAGGGAAAAGAGUAGCAGGUGAAGCAACCCAUCUUCCACCUGUGAAUGGCUUAAUUCAAGCAAAAAAGAAAAUUUCAAAGCACUGCUUUCUUUGUGGCAAGAAAACUGGAUUGGCAACCAGCUAUGAGUGCAGAUGUGGAAACAACUUCUGUGCAACACACCGCUAUGCAGAGACUCACACUUGCACCUACGACUACAAGAGUGCAGGACGGAGGUAUUUACAGGAAACCAACCCCAUCAUUAGUGCACCAAAGCUCCCCAAAAUUUGACAUGGUUGUGCUGCAUGUGGCCACUCUGCUGUUGAAGAAUUGUAUUGAAUUGAGAGAAGCACUUGCUUAAACUGCAUAAUUUUGCCAUGCUCCGUAUUUAAAGAUUUGCCAAGUAACAAAAGCACAUGAGGAUGCAUCGAAGAAUAAUGUGAACACUACUGCAGUUAAAACUUUUCUUCUUGAGUGAAUGAAAGGUUAAAAAUUAGUUUCUGAAAACUUACACUAUGAUUUAACUGUUACUGCACGUGUUGUGUUUUAUAUUUGGGAAAGCUAUUUCACUAGACAAGUCUUUAAAGAUGCACUUUACUAACUUUACUGUAUAACCAGAGUUGAGGGGGUGUUGUAAUGAGGGUGUCACGUAAUGUCUUCUGUACUCUUGUUUUUGUCCAUUGUGUGGUAUCUUCUAAGUUAUUUCACUAGAAAGAUCCUCCUCCCUCCCCGUUCUUCAAACAGCCUGUUUUGAGAUUUUAAGGGGAUAGUGUGUUCCACCCCUCUGUUUCAUUCUGAUUGAUAUUCGUACAUUGUGUGUCCAUUCUGAAAAUUACAUAUCAUCCUAAUCACAUUUUCUUAAAAUAAUGCUGUUUAUAUGACAAGUUUGUUUUUAAAUAGAAGGUUCCCUGUUUGUUGCCAUUAAAUAUAAGAAACAACUUAUUUUAACUUUUUUUGUAAUCCUAGAUUUUUUUAAGACUUCACAACUUGCUUUGUUAAGAUGUUGAAUGCUGUUGCUGGAAGAAAUUCUAAUAAAUAUUAAAUUUUCUUCUU